UUUAUUCUGAUCUUUUACAUAAUUCGGUCGUCAGGUGAAGCUGCCUUGCCUUCGCGCUUUGUUUGACCUAACCCAAAGCAAGACAGCUUGUGUCGAAACAAAAUCUUGUGUGGCACUCGAUAUUCGUUUUGUACACGCUUUUAAACUUCGACAAGAACAAGAUAUCUUUGAAAGUACGCCACUGUACAAAAUGGAGAAAGUAAAAGCAAGAAUCAAUAAACUGAAACAGGAUAUCGAAGAUUGCGAACAACAAGAAGCGAACGCCAAAGUCGCUUUGAAUGAAGCGAAAACUCGACAAGAAGCAGCCGAAAUGGAAAAGGAAUCGUUUAAAAGGCGCCUUCAGAUUCUACGCGAAGAGGUGAAGAAAACAAACGAACGGUUAGCGCAUAAGAAAGAGCUGUUGAAUGGCUUGGAAUCAAAAACUGCCGAGCAUGAAAUAGCCGUGAAAAAUUUGGAAAAUCAAGAGGUUGAAGGCGAUGAGAGAUUGGCCUCGCUGGCAGACCAGAUCAGUCGAGGUAAGCUCGAGGUGGAUGGCUACGACACGCAAUAUCAGGAAGCCCAGCGUAAAGAGGUUGUGCUUUUGAGUGACUUAGAAAAGGCGGAGCUGCGCUUCGAGCAGAGUUCCCUUCGUAUCGAGGAACUGAUGGAUACGAUCAGGAACACGACGAAUAAAAUUCGUGAUUUAGAAGCGCGGGAAUCUGAUCAGACUCAGCGAGAAACGACGAACGAAGAGAAGAUGGUGUUCCUCUCCGAUCAGAAAAAGGAAGCAAUUUGUCGUGCGGAAUCCGGGGAAAGAGACACAGCGAGAUUGCAGCGAGUUAUUGAUACUCUUGGACACGAUAUAAAACACUGGAAAGAUAAAACAGCUGAUGUUUUGGCGGAAAUCGAGGACGUUAAUAACAUGGUCGAAGAUAUGGAUUAAAACAUGUACAUUAUAAUUAAAUGUUUUUGUUUGUAGAGCUAGUGAGCCUUAAUACUGUACUUGUUUUGAACAAAUUCACCGAAAAUCGUAGGCUAUUAUAUUGAAAUUGCAUUUCCGAGACAAACUGCUCCCAGCCCAUCCUUCGAGUCAGUUCCGAAAAGCCUUUUAAAGGCGUUAAUUAUUCACGGUUCAAGCAACUUUGAAAUAGAUGUAAAACCCUAAACUGAAUCUCGUUUAGCAGUAUGCUAAAAGUAUGAAAUUCCUUCAUUGCGCGAGUUCCUAACUUCGCUGCACCUAAGUGUACUGAACAAUUUAAUUACAUUGCUAAUUUUCUUC